AUGUCAAUUUCAAUUUUAAUGCAGAGAGGAGCCAAUCUAGAUCUUGGUGAUGCAGAGGGACUGACUCCAGUUAUGUUAGCUGCAAGAAAUGGCCACAAAGAUGUGAUUUGGAUUUUAAUAGAGAGAGGAACCAAUCUAGAUCUUGUUGAUGCAGAGGAACUGCCUCAAGUUAUGUUAGCUGCAAGAAAUGGCCACAAAGAUGUGAUUUGGAUUUUAAUAGAGAGAGGAGCCAAUCUAGAUCUUGUUGAUGCAGGUGGAAAAGUGGCUCUUCAUUAUGCAAGUAUUAAUGGACAUAGUAAUGUUGUUGAAAUAUUACUCAACCAUAGUGCUGAUAUCGACAUUGUUACAAAGGAGGAACUGCCUCAAGUUAUGUUAGCUGCAAGAAAUGGCCACAAAGAUGUGAUUUGGAUUUUAAUAGAGAGAGGAGCCAAUCUAGAUCUUGUUGAUGCAGAGGAACUGCCUCAAGUUAUGUUAGCUGCAAGAAAUGGCCACAAAGAUGUGAUUUGGAUUUUAAUAGAGAGAGGAGCCAAUCUAGAUCUUGUUGAUGCAGAGGGACUGACUCCAGUUAUGUUAGCUGCAAGAAAUGGCCACAAAGAUGUGAUUUGGAUUUUAAUAGAGAGAGGAGCCAAUCUAGAUCUUGUUGAUGCAGAAGGACUGACUCCAGUUAUGUUAGCUGCAAGAAAUGGCCACAAAGAUGUGAUUUGGAUUUUAAUAGAGAGAGGAGCCAAUCUAGAUCUUGUUGAUGCAGAGGAACUGCCUCAAGUUAUGUUAGCUGCAAGAAAUGGCCACAAAGAUGUGAUUUGGAUUUUAAUAGAGAGAGAAGCCAAUCUAGAUCUUGUUGAUGCACCUGAUCCUCCCAGCUCUCCUAGACCUCCAAGUCCUGAAGCUAACGAACAGGAACCAUUCUAUUUACAGACUUCUGCAGUAGUGUCUUCUCUCAAUCAGUGCCUAGUAGAAAUAGGUGAAACACCAUACUCUCAGAGCAGAGCUCGUGCUAAGGGUUACCCCAGAGAAAAGGUGAAGAGGAUCACUGAAGCAAUGCAACGAAUGGUUAUCCCUGGAGAACCCACUGAUGAUGGUACUGAAAUGCUCCAACAGCUGAAAGAAAAGUUUUAG